AUGUAUCUCAUUCGGUUCCAGGAUGCAGGCGAGCUGCAGCGAGCUGCACACCUUUCGGAUCCACCAUCGACAGUUGAUGGCCUCAAGCCAUACGUAACACCCAAUACGGAAGGAGAUGGUGUCCAGAGUGGGCCCGUUAGCGUGAACCCACCGUCGAAACCCCACAUGUGCAUUAUUAGAGUCCUACUUAAAUAG